CGUGACAGUUCAAGUUCAUGUUCGCCUUCCGUCCUACUCUCAUGUUCAUCUUCUGCCCUGAGCGUUGAGCAAGUAGAAGGACAAUAUAUGUUAUGCGCUCCCGCUCCGUCAACACAGUUUUGUCUAUGCGUCUCACUCCCCCUAUGUCUCGCCGCUUUCGCCAACCUUCAAACCUUCUGGAUAGCUAUACCACCUCGACAAAUCCUCGCUAGACGCAGCAAUCUUUGUCAUAGCUCAUAUUCCAUUGAUUCUCGGAGAACCCUACAACUCUGCAUACCUGCAUUUUCCUCGUCCCUGCUCGCCAACUUCCUCCCCCUUCUCAUCCUGCGCGUCGGCGCGCCGAAUUCCUUCAGUGCCCUCGUCCCUUACCAUUCCUCCGAGUCUAUGCGACAUCUGGUCCUUCUAUCUCUCUAUGUCAUUGUACUAUACUCAGAUAUUCUUGAGCAGGUCCUGGCGAUGUCCUUCUUUGACGUGACGGUUACCGCGAAUGCGAGGUUAUAUACGUCGGUAUUUCUAGGCGAUGAUCUGGGUCGUACAGGAAAGGGCGCCAAUAGAUUCGUCCCUACAGUUCCUGUGGUGAGGAACGAGUCCUCGAGGAGCUGGUACCUGCGGCACGGAAAAUUGGGAAGGGUGUGCAUACGCACAAGGCAUAUCCUCUGACCGCUGAGUCCCCUCACGCGCCCCAACCAAGUUACCAAGGUCAGGGUCAUGAAGAGGUCUGUCUGUCGGAAGCCAACGCUGAAGACGUGGACUGCAGGGCACCUGAGGCUCGUUUCUGGCGCAUGAUGACCCAAAUUCCCUGCCAUGCUGCUCCUGUACCCUAUUACCCGUGAUGACCUCUCAUAUCUAGCCGCAGAU